UGUUGGUUUCGAUUGCUUCUAUAAAGAACGAUUAGUGAAUAUAGUUCAAUGUCGGAUUCGGUUUCCGCUUUCCAAAGAAAGAAAACUACACGACCCAGAAAGCAUUGCGGCAGACGAUCAGCGGUACGGGAAGUUACGGAAGCAUGAAUUACGCUCGCUUUCUGACAGCUGUGAGCGCGGCGAGAAGGCCGUCACCCAUUCGCAUACUGACGGAGCUUCAGCAGCGAUCUCCCCCGUCUCUGAUCUCUAUGGCCGGAGGAGCUCCCAAUCCCAACACCUUCCCUUUCCUGUCGGCCAGCAUUAAAGUGAGCGGAGGCGAAGUGCUGGUGCUGGACGAGCCGCUGAUGAAGAGAGCGCUGCAGUACUCCGGCUCAUACGGUAUUCCUGAGCUGCUCUCGUGGAUGAAGGAUCUUCAGAAAAGCCUCCACAAUCCUCCCCCCGCCAGCUACAGUCCAGAGAGAGGACAGAUGGAGAUGUGUGUCACCACCGGCAGUCAGGAGGGGCUCUGCAAAAUCUUUGAGAUGCUGGUCAGUUCUGGAGACAACGUCCUCCUCGACGCUCCCACGUACUCAGGAACGCUGGCGGCCCUGCAGCCGCUGGGCUGUAACCUCAUUAACGUGGCGAGCGAUCAUCACGGCAUGAUCCCUGCAGACCUGGGGAAGAUUCUGGGGCGGUGGGACCCCGCAGACGCACAGAAACCAGGAAGCAGCGUCCCGAGAGUCCUGUACACCAUCCCGAACGGAGGCAAUCCCACCGGAGCGUCCAUGACCUAUGAGAGGAAACAAGAAGUCUAUGAGCUUGCCAGAAAAUAUGAUUUUCUUAUCAUUGAAGAUGACCCAUACUAUUUCCUGCAAUUCCAAAAACCGUGGGCUCCAACUUUUCUGUCCAUGGACGUAGACGGCCGCGUCCUACGAAUGGAUUCCUUCUCUAAGAUCCUGUCGUCGGGCUUACGGAUAGGUUUCGUCACUGGACCGAAGCCGCUGGUGGACCGAGUGGUGCUGCACAUCCAGGCCUCCACGAUGCACACCAGCACCUUCACACAGCUCAUGGUCUCUCAGCUGCUUCAUAACUGGGGUCCAGGUGGUUUUCUCAAGCACAUUGACGGGGUGAUUGACUUUUACAGAUCUCAGAGGAACACCAUGCUCUCCUCAGCAGACAAAUGGCUCAAAGAUGUAGCUGAAUGGCAUCCUCCCAUGGCCGGCAUGUUCCUGUGGAUUAAACUCAAGGGCAUUAAAGACACACAGCAGCUGAUAAUGGAGAAAGCGUUAGAGAAAGAGGUUCUCCUGGUUCCUGGAGGAGUUUUCAACAUCAACAGCUCAGAUCCGUGUCCGUAUGUUAGAGCCGCGUUUUCUCUCUCCACACCUCAACAGAUCGAUGAGGCUUUUAGGAGACUCGCUGAUCUCAUCAAGGAAGCCAUGUGAGCAGCUGAUUCCCAGGAAGAGAAAUCAAGGAAUUAAGGGUCGACACGACAAACCCAUUUUUCCACCUUUCAGAUAGUACGGAUGAACAAAUUUGAAACUGUUUAAUGACACUGUUCUUUAUUUAGGGCGUAUUAAGGGAAUGAAUUGAUUAUUGACGUUUGUUUACGAUGUAAUUGUAGCCCCUGUGUACAGGGAGAUGUUUUGUGUGAUUUUAAAACUGGUUUAAUGUGCAAAAUGUUUAACCAUAAGAAGGUCAGGGUCAGGUGAAUGUAUUUUACUGCAAUAGUCCGUUACUUUUUAAUCUUCAUGGUGAAUUGUGAAGGUUAAAGCUGUUGAUUUCUGAGUCUUUCUUAAUAUGACUAGUUAGCUGCUAGUAACUCGAGCUGUUCUGAACACAAAUGAGUAGUAAAUGUAUUGAUAUGUUGCAUGUAGAAGCUUUUAAAAUGCCAUUAGACUAAUGGACUCUGAUGACACAUUUCUGCAAUAACUCAACUCUGAUUUUUCAUAUUCUGAAAGGUUGUGGGGAUGCAACAGUUGAUUUUUUUAUUUUUCUCGCACUGUUUGAGCAAAUGGUAAUGAAACCUUGUAUUUGCAAUGGUCUCCCAUAUACACCAGAAGUUUACCCUGCAAUAGUUUACUUCUGCUAAUCGGAAAUGUGACACUUAUUAACCCAUAUUUUUGAAUGAAGUCCAUUUGACUUGUGUGUCAUUGUGCAUGCUGGUCCUUUUGGACACAGAAUGGUUCAAUAAAACAAUAAAUAAGCUCCA